UGUCCUCUUUCGGCCGUGGGCUGACUAAAAUUGUUCACCUUCCGUAUUUAAGCUAUAAAAACACACGGAGUUUGUCUGUGACGGCCUCCCAGCUCGACAGAAUACAGAACCAGUUUUGGGUCCAGAAUCCGGAGGCUCGGUGUCGGAGUGGGCAGGUUUCUGCUGAAAGAAGAGAAAACCGUCAAAAUGCGGAAAACGGAGAACGUGUGUGGCCCCACGCCAUGCUGGCUGCAGUCGCCUUCUCCUUGUUCAGCAGCAGCUCUGAGGAAGACCUACGAGAUGAAGCCCAGAAGAAAGAGGAUGACAUCAUAUUACUGCUCAAGAAGGCCAAGCUCAGUAUGUAUCGAGGACAGCUGCAGGCAGCGUCAGACUUCCUCCAUCAGGCCAUAGCUUUGGCCCACCAGACCCACAACACCCAGGCCAUCAUCUACACGUACAGCCUGAUGGCGAACCUGGCCUAUGUCCAGGGCCAGCUGGACAAUGCAGAGAAACUCUUCAAAGCAGCUAUGAGCUUCAUCCUGUCAGGAGGAACACCACAGGAUGACAACUCGGUCAUUGAGAUUUCUCUCAAGCUGGCCACCAUAUACGCCAGCCAGAACAAGACGGAGCUGGCAGAACAUGGUUAUCGUUUCUGUUCCGAGUCUUUACAAGCCAAACUGGACAAACUCGCCACCAUCCCUGCAGAGCAGAGAUCCGAGGAGGAAGAGCUGAGGAAGGAGACACGCCUCCUGCUGGGUUUGUGUUUGGACUCCCGCGCUCGGUACCGAGCCUCCGCCCACCGCCUGAGUCAGGCCGCCCAGGAUUACGGCCACGCCCUGCGCAUCUGCCGUGAGGAGCAAGGAGAAACCCACCCUCAGACUUUGGUGCUGAUGAGUGACCUGGCGACCAUCUUGGAUCUUCAGGGUCGUUAUGAUGAGGCGCUGCCACUGAUCCAGAGAGCCAUGGAGCUUAGCCGGAUUGCCGGACACCCUGACCAGCAUGUUCUGCUGGGUAACAUGGCAGGAAUCCUUCUGCACCAAGGUGAGCUGGAGGAGUCGGAGCGUCUGUACCGAGAGGCUCGGUCUCUGGCUGAGGCCGUUGGCGACCAGGACGCCCUGCAGCAGAUCCGCGAUGGAUUAAAAGAAGUUGGCAAGCGGAGACAUGAGCAGAAAAAUAAAGAAUAUGCUGCCCGAGAAUGAGACAGACAGACAGGCGGACAGACAGACAGGCGGACGUGUACUCGUGUUUAUGAAGAGUUUAACGAAUAUGUGAAUACAAGCUUAGAAGCCAUUUUCUGUGUGUGUCUCUGAGAUUAUAAGUUUUUGGGGCAUCUGGGUGGCGUGGCAGUCUAUUCCGUUGCUUAACAACACGGGGUUCGCUGGUUCGAAUCCCUGUGUUCCCUCCAGCUUAGUUGGGCGUCCCUACAGACACAAUUGGCCGUGUCUGCAGGUGGGAAUCCAGAUGUGGGUAUGUGUCCUGGUUGCUGCACUAGCAUCUCCUGUGGUCAGUCAGGGUGCCUGUUCAGGGGGGAGGGGGAACUGGGGGAAUAACGUGGUCUUCCCAUGCGCUACAUCCCCCUGGUGAAACUCCUGUCAGGUGAAAAGAAGUGGCUGGCAACUCCACAUGUGUGGGAGGAGGCAUGUGGUAGUCUGCAGCCUCCCCGGAUCAGCAGAGGAGGCGGAGCUGUGACUGGGACAGCUAGGAGAGUGAGGUGAUUAGCCAGGUAUAACUUGGGAGAAAAAAAGGGGGGGGAUACCCCCCAAAAAAGAUUAUGUUUGUUCUCUCCUUCCUUGAGACGUCACGUCUCUCGUUGCUAGUUUGUGUGUCUGCGAGGGUUUUCUGCCUGAACAUCCUUAAGGUUUUUUCCAGAUAGAAUGUUCCAGAUAAGAGAUACCUGAGAGAACAAUGUUACCUCAGUUCAGCUUCACAUCUUGGUCUCAGGCAGGAUUCACGUACAUCAGAUGGUGGCCUCAUGUCCCUCACACUUCUGUCUGAACUUUAGAAGUAAAUGAUGUACCAGUGAAACUGUCGUGUUGUUUUGUGUUUUAAUUCCCCCGGCGGAGUGAAUAAAGUCUCUGUGUGGAGGGAAUAAAGUCUCUCUGUGGAGGGAAUAAAGUCUCUGUGUGGAGGCCGGAGGGAAUAAAGUCUGUGUGUGGAAUGCACAUUCAUUUGUCAUGAAGGAAUACAGUCUGUGUGUGGAAUGCACAUUCAUUUGUCUUGGACUUCAGUGUCAUAACAAACAGCUUGAAUCCUGUUUGAGGGUUUGAUCGUUUUGGUUUAAAGAAGACAAAUGUCAUGUAGCAUUUAAGUUAUUCUAACCUUCCUCUGAUGAACACACCGCCACCUUCGACCGACCACAGGAGGACUAGUCACUAACUGACUAGUCGGUGACUAACUGGAUAUAGUGGAAAACGAACUGAUGAAGUUAAAGAUGUGGUUUGAUGCUAAUAAACUAACACUGAAUUUAAGUAAAAAAAAUGUAUAAUCUUUGGUAACCGUAAAAUGAACUCAUACAAGAAACUCAUUAACAAUGUAGAAAUAGAAAGAGUGACUGAAAUUCCAUUUCUUUGUGUAAUAGUGGACAAUAAAUUAUGUUGGAAACAACAUAUGAAAUAUACCAAGGCUAAAA